AUGGCGGAGGCGGCGUGGACGCCGGUGCUGUUGCCGCCGACGGCGCCCUGCUUCUGGCAGCCGGACACGCACUCGGUUUUCUGGCGGAGAGGAGACGUGUGGACGGCGGAGGAGAACAAACAGUUCGAGAAGGCGCUGGCGCAGAUCGACCGGAACGCGCCCGACAGGUGGGAGAAGGUGGCGGAGAUGCUGCCCAGGAAGACGGCCGACGACGUGAGGAACCACUACCACGACCUCGAGAACGACGUCGGCUACAUCGAGGCCGGGCUCGUGCCGUUCCCGCACUACAGCAGCUCGGUCCCAUCGUCCGGGUUCACCCUCGAGGCCUGGGACGGCGGCGACGGCGGGUUCAGGCGCGGCUACUGCCUCAAGCGCGCGCGGGGGUCGGACCAGGAGCGGAAGAAGGGCGUCCCCUGGACGGAGGAGGAGCACAAGCUUUUCUUGAUGGGGCUGAAGAAGUACGGGAGAGGGGACUGGCGGAACAUCUCGCGCAAGUACGUGACGACCCGGACGCCGACGCAGGUGGCCAGCCACGCGCAGAAGUACUUCAUCCGGCUCAACUCCGGCGGCAAGGACAAGCGCCGGUCCAGCAUCCACGACAUCACCACCGUGAACCUCCCCGACGAAGACCGCGGCAACGCCCCGCCCUCGCCGCCGUCUGCUGUCACCACCGCCACCGCCGCCACCAACCCCUCCGUCGCCCAGCUGGUGGACGUGAAGCCGUUCAUGCCGCCGCUCCCAGCUGGCGCGCUCGGCGUGUCGCACCCCUACGUCAACGUGAAGCUGGAGCCCAAGAGCUCGCUCGUGGUCGGCCUUGGCCUGGGCUUCGACGACUCCGUCUUCCUGCGCAGAUGCAUUGCGGACAGUUGUGACGGUCGAUUCUUGCGGCGAGAACCGCUCCCAUCCCAUCUCUAA